AUGGGGGUGGCACCUUCUAAGUUUGAAGAUGACAAGGUCCUUGUGCUAUGCCAGGAGAGGAAGCAUUUUGUUAGAGAAGCGUUAGAUGGAAGAUGUGCAUUUGCAGCUUCUCACCGCGCUUAUAUUCUGUCGCUGAGAGAAACCGCUUCUCUUCUGAGGAAAUGUUUUGAACCUGAAGUGCUGAAAGAGUCAAUCCCAAAUGUUUCGCCACCUCUUUUGCCUGUCAAUCAUAUGAGUGCUGGGAGGAACUCCAUGACAGCACCUGCAAAAGUAACCGCUCAAUCUUCAUUCCCUGCUGCUAGAGAGGUCAGUCAGAAUUUUGAAAAUGCUGAUGGUUUAAGGAGCCUCCGAGAGGAAGGGAUCUCUGAGCACAGCGAGGGAGAUGAUGAUUUUGCAGAGCUAGAAGAUAACUUUGACAAUCCAUCCACUGAAACUAGGGUGCCCGUGUUCAAGAACUGGAAUGAUGUGCUUGUUGAUAAUACUCACUCACCUGCACAACACGCUUCAGAAAAUAUUGCUUCACAAAGUACUAAUUCUUGUAGUGACAACUCCAAAAAUAAGAGGACAGUGAUUGGGAUGUCGAAGAAACCUUCCACUAACUUAGGUAACGUGCACAUGGAUCAAAGCCAACAAGAAGUUUUCUGGCAACACUGUUUCCCUGCUGCAGAGAGGAUGUCACUGUUCCUGAAUGCUAGCAGCGCAAUCUGCAGGAGGUAUGAUGAGAGAUGCAAGAAACUGAGACACCAGGAAUCAAGAGGGGGAAAUCAAAUUGAUAUUGAUUUUACCCGUGCUUCUGUGAAGGACUUGCAUUCCAGAGUUCUAGUGGCUGUUCACAAAAUAGGCUUCAUUUCUAAGAAAAUACAAGAUGUAAGGGAUAAAUAUCUUCAACCACAGCUGGAUGAACUAAUUGGAUGGUAUGUCUCUGUCUGUAUCAUUGUCUACCGGUGUAUGCAAAAACAUGCUGUUCCUGUGCAUUAUAACAUGACAUAUAGAUGUGUUAGUCGUCAUAACAAGAGAAUCUCUUCUCCCUGCAGUUUCACUAGGAUGUGGGGUACAAUGCUUGAGUGCCAUCAGUGCCAAUGUGCGAUAGUCAAGUUAGCAUCCAGAAGCUGCGGCCUGAAAAUAUCAUUUCAGUCAGAAUCUCAACACCAGGCUGGGUUUCUCCUCUCGGUUGAGCUGAGAAAACUAUGUUCCAACUUCCAGAACUGGAUGGCAUCCCAAAAGGCGUACCUCUGCAGCCUAAACAUGUGGUUACACAAAUGCAUGAAACCCCUGAUGAGGAGGAAGGUUUCCAGGAUCCGGAACGCCGUUGAUGCUUCGCUAACGGAGACUGCUAUCGCGCCAAUCUUCACAACCUACGAAAUGUGGAUAAAGCUUCUCGAUGAUUUACCAACCACGGACUUAGAAGAAGCCAUCGAAGGUCUCAUUGCAGACAUAAGCCGCUCCAUUCCUCACAAAGAGAAGGUGCCAAAUGACGAAGCAGGGGGAGCAAGUCAUGGCCCGACUGAUCUGCACCCGAGUCUGUUGAGAUUCAUAGAGAAGCUCAAAGCCUUCUCAGAAACCUCAGUUGAGAAGUAUAUCGAUCUGCAGGAAAACGUCAGGGCCGCAAAGGAGAGGAUUUGGAUAAGAAAAUAA